UUUUUGUUUCAUGACAAAUCUUUUUGUUUAUUUUUUAUCGUGUUGAGGGCGGAUUGAUUGAUCGUAUUUUAUUUUCAUUUAAGUUGAAUUUUAUUCAUUUUAACCAUCGUUUUUUUUCUGGAACAUCUAUAUCCAAAUGAAUCGAAACGAUAAUUAUACAAAUUCACCAUUAAGUCCGGUAUUGGAAAUUAGUCUAUCGGGUGAUAAUCCUGAUGAUAUACCAUUAUUUCCCGGUGAAAAAAUUGAUUCAGAAAUUAAUGCUCGUGAAGUAACAUAUAUUUGUCCAUAUGAAGGUGAAAUACGAGGCCAUCUUUAUUUAACAAAUUAUAAAUUAUAUUUUAAAAGUAAUGAAGAACAUGAAAAAACACGAUUAGUACAUGUACCAUUGGGUACUAUUAAAAAAAUUGAUAAAUUUGGUGGUUCACAAACAAAAGGCAACAAUGCUUAUGGUAUAAUAAUACAUUGUAAAGAUGUUCGAACAUUAAAAUUUGCACAUAGCCCGGAAAAUCAUUCACGGCGUGAUGUUUUCGAAAAACUACGUCAAUAUGCAUUCCCAUUAACCUAUGCAUCGACUAAGAAUAUGUUUUGUUUUGAAUUUAAAGUUACAUAUCCAGUUGAUGGUUGGUCAAUAUAUGAACCAUUAGCUGAAUAUAGACGAAUGAAUUUACCGAAUGAAUCAUGGCGUAUAACAAAAAUUAAUGAUAAAUAUAAACUAUGUGAUACAUAUCCAGCCAUUUUAGUUGUACCACAUAAUGUUACUGAUAAUGAUUUACAAGCUGUUGCAGCAUUUCGUAGUCGUGCAAGAUUACCGGUAUUAAGCUGGAUACAUCCAGAAUCACAAGCAAGUAUUGUACGUUGUUCACAACCAUUAACCGGUAUUAGUGGACAACGUUCAACCGAUGAUGAAAAAUAUAUACAAAUGAUAAUGGAUGCAAAUGCACAAUCACAUAAAAUAUUUAUUAUGGAUGCUAGACCACAAACAAAUGCAAUGGCUAAUCGUACACGUGGUGGUGGUCUUGAAAAUGAACAUUUAUAUAAUAAUGCUGAAAUACAAUUUCUUGGUAUUGCUUCGAUUCAUCCGAUGCGUGAAAGUUUAAGAAAAUUGACUGAACUUUGUUAUGGAAAUAUUGAUGAUUCAUUGUUUAUGUUGGAAUUGGAAAAAUCACAAUGGCUUAAACAUAUACAGAUUAUAUUGAGUGGUGCUGUUCGAAUUGUCGAUAAAAUUGAAUAUCAAAAAACAUCGGUCGUUGUACAUUGUAGUGAUGGAUGGGAUCGAACAUCACAGCUAACUAGUCUGGCCAUGUUAAUGUUGGAUCCAUAUUAUCGAACAUUGACUGGUUUUCAAGUAUUGAUCGAAAAAGAAUGGCUCAGUUUUGGUCAUAAAUUUGCUCAACGACUUGGUCAUGGUGAAGAUAAAUCAUCGGAUGAUAAUCGUUCACCAGUAUUUCUUCAAUGGCUUGAUUGUGUUUGGCAAAUUCAACGACAAUUUCCUACUGCUUUUGAAUUUAAUGAAACACUUUUGUUAGUUAUUGCCGAUCAUAUGUAUUCAUGUUUAUUUGGAACAUUUUUAGGUAAUUCAGAAUCAACACGUAAACGUGAUGGUCUACCACAGAAAACCAAAUCAAUAUGGUCAAUGGUAAAUACUUAUCGAGAUGAAUUUCUAAAUGCUUGCUAUACAACAGCACCAACACCAUACACAAUUUCAAUGACAGCAUCAUCAACUAAAGAUUAUGUUAUUAUACCACGUUGUGCUGCACCAUUUAUCGAAAUAUGGACAAGUUAUUUUUGUCGUUGGAAUAUGAAUAUUUCACCACAAUCAAUUGAUCAGAUACGUUUACGAAACAAAGAAUUAUUAGCUAUACGUGCUGCAUUACAGAAAAAAGUUGAAGAAUUACAGAAUAAAUAUUCACGUCAAUCAAAUGCUGUAUCGAAUGCUGGUCAUUCAAAUUCAUCUGGACCAUCAUCACCAUCAAAUUCACAGUUAACGAAUACGAAUCCAAAUGCAAGAAUUGUUAAUAUAUAGAACGCCAAAAAAUGAUCA